CUACCCUGAUGUCCUUUUUGGUUGCUAAGAAACGGUCGGGCUUGUUUUCGUCGUAUGCCUCAAUAAAUGACAGACGUUUAACUAUAGACAGAGAUACGUCUGAGUAAAUUAAUUACAAAAAAGGAAAACAAAAAACGAAGAGAAUGGGGACGUUUGAGAGAAGAAAUCAAAGUUUAAAUUUAGAGGACAAAGCAAAGUGGAACGAAGAUCCUGAACUGAUUGUCGUACUUUUAAAUAUAAAGAGAGUCAGGGAGGAAUCCUGUGAAGACGAGUUCAGCGGACAGCGUGAAGUUUAUUUUGAAGGAGGUCACGUGCACAAAGGAAUGUUUUCCAAAGGACUCAUGGAUGGAUGGGGAAUCUUCACUCAUCUAAAUGGACUGACCUAUGAGGGUGAAUUUGUGAGGAAUAUCCCAACAGGCCGGGGUAAAUUCACCUGGCCAGAUGGCAGCACCUAUUCAGGAGGCGUCGUCGAUGGGGUCCGACAUGGAUUUGGAACCCAUAUAUGUGCCAAAACUGGGGUGUCUUACACUGGGGAGUGGAGUCGGGGCAAGAGGCAUGGGGAGGGGACGGUGUAUUAUAAUGAAAGCAAGACCUCUUGGUACAAGGGAGACUGGGUGAUGAACAACCGAGAGGGAAGAGGAGAGAGAUGCUAUGUAUCCGGGAACACGUACUCCGGUGAGUGGAAAUGCAACGUCAGACACGGUGAGGGGACCAUGAAGUGGCUCAAACUGGGACAGCAGUAUGUUGGGAGAUGGUGUGAAGGACUUCAGCAUGGUAAAGGUACACAUGUGUGGAUCCAGAAACGAGAAGGUGGGCUCCAGUAUUUCCAGAACAACCAGUACCAUGGGGAUUUCCUUCACGGACAGAGACACGGACAUGGAGUCUUCUAUUAUGCUGGGGGUGCAAUCUACGAAGGAGAGUGGAAAAACAAUAAAAAGCAUGGGCAGGGCAAAUUAACCUCCAAGAAUGGACACAUCUUCAAAGGGGAGUUCAAGGAUGACAAGAUGAUGACACCUGACUUGAGUGGAAUCCGAUCUCCUUCUCUUUCUGGUCCUGACCGCAUUCUGAACAUUGAAUGUCUUCUGAGGAAAAUUCCACAGAGAAAGCAGGACACCGAGUGCAAACAGGUGGAGUUUGUGGUGCUGCAGAGGGACUCUCAGCUCAGGUCCAUCUAUAGUUUCUACAGCAGACUCGGCCAUUCCGACUGCCCCCACAACACCUUCCUGCUCUCCCGCCUGCAGUUCUGGUGCCUCUUAAAAGACUGCAGCAUCCAUCACCGGGGCAUCACUUUGACCCAGAUUAACCGGUUAAUUCCAGGGAACACCGGUCCAGAGAUUCAUUCUCCGUUCACAUCUAUGCUCUUUCACGAGCUCCUCAGCUCCCUGAUAAUCAUCGCCUUCCACAUCCACAGUAAAGACAUGAAGUCACAAAGGAACCUGUUGGCUUCCUGCUUUUCCAAACUGGUGACUGAUGACAUCCUUCCAAAUGCCACCAAAGUAAAAGGUUUCCUGUUCAGAGAGCCGGACUUCGCAGCAGCAGCUGUGACGUAUGUGAAGGAAUGCUGGGAGGUCUUCCAAGUCUUCUGCAGGGUGAACACAGCCCACGGAGAAGACAAGACCAUGACCUGCCGACAGCUGCUGUGGAUGUUCAAGGAUCUUAAUUUUUUGGACCAUCAUCUGACCACAGGGAAAUUGUGGGAAAUGAUCACUGCCGGUUACCAAGGAGACCCGGAAAACCUGACGUCCUGUGUGGAUCUGGAGGUCACAUUCCUGGAGUUUUUUGAGGUUCUGUUGGGCUGUGCUCAAGUCAAAUGCCCAGUUUCGGAUAUGCUGGAGGAGAGCCGGGGGCGUUUCUCGUCUGAGAGACGGGCCAGGAGCGAACAGUCGGAGUCAGACGCCCUCCAGACAGACGCGCAGACUGACAGCAAGCAUUCCCAAACGAUGGAAGAUUCCACUCAGUUUGUGAGGAGUCAGCUGAUUAACUCAGAAGAUGAGACGCUCCAGCAAACAGAAGCCACAGAAGAGGACGGGCUCAUCCUGCAGACCAGUCAACACAAAUUUGAGACGCUUCAUCGCUUUUUUAACCACUUUUUCUUUCCGGCGUUUAACCAUUACCUGUCAGUUACCAGUAAAACCAAAAAUAAGCUCGCCAACGAGAAAAAGAAGACUGAGAGACACGAGGAGUAACAACAGGACUCCAACAGGCCUGAUGAAAAAUAAAAACAAUUCUUAAAAUGUA